GUGUUUUGAGACCCACGUAUCGUUCUGAACUGUUGUUACUGCUGCUGCAUUCCCAAGCCGAUCGUCGCUCUGCCGAGUCAACCCGCUUGGCUGUCACCGCACCGAGGCCGGAUGGUAAAAUCCAACCUCCAGCGCAUCCUGAAUAGUCACUGUUUUGCCCGAGAGAAAGAAGGAAAACAACAACCGUGCACCAUGGCUGCUUUAAGUAGUAGUAUCCAUGACAUGUUGGACAACUUGUCUCUUAACUGUAGCAGUACCCGUGGUCCAGGGCCUCUGUGGUGCUCCGAUGUUCCUCUCCCACCACUGAAGAUCCCGGGUGGGCGAGGGAAUGGUCAGAGGGAUCACACUCUUUCAGCUCGGCUGCUGUAUUCGGAUAACAAACUAACAAUUACUGAGGAAUCUGCUGGAAGCGGAAAGCCAACGGUACUUCAUUUCCAGAGCAAGCUCACAGACUCGAGGGUGAUCCAGUGGGAUGCUGCAUUGAAAAAUAACAACCUCUACGUUGAAAUCCCCCGGGCCAUGUUACCUGAAGGCAGCAAAGAAAGUUUCACUGCUCUCCUGGAGUGUGCUGAAGAACAACUGAAAGUCCUCAAUGUUUUUGUUUGUUUCUAUAAGAACCGUGAUGACAGAGCUGCUCUGUUGCGGACCUUCAGCUUUCUGGGCUUUGAGAUUGUGAAACCAGGCCAUGCCCUCAUACCCCAAAGGCCGGAUGUGCUUUUUAUGGCUUAUACCUUUGACAGAGAUUCGUCUGAUGAAGAGUGAAGAAAGUUCAAUCCAUUGCAGAUAGUGGCUACCAGGGGUGGUGGGGUAGUGUGAGGGAGGAGCAUUUUGUGACCCAAGUGCUAUUGCCUUGUAUGCUUUUGUCAUGUUUUUUGAUGCUUAUUGUUUUUAGAUCAAUGUUGCUAGUUUUGAUUCUUAAUUUUUUUUUUUCAACUUGAUUGAGAACAGCAAUUUGCUGACAGCUUUGACAGUGGAAAUGUAUUACAUCAAAGAAACAAGACACAAAAAUCAAUAUGUAAUUCACAUUCUUUCUUAUGUUGUGGAAUGUAAAAAAAAUUCUUAAGCAGAAGCUGUCUGGUUGUGGCAUUUUUUGGGGGUUUUGUUUUGCUGUGAGGAUGUAAAGAAGUAAAAUAAUUACUCAUCAAUCAUUUAUAUAUAAUCUAACUUCCCAAGAAUGAUUUAUCCUAUAAGCAAUCUAUGUUUUAUCUUCAUUACAAGCCAGUAUAGGAAACGUCCUAGCCUUCUAAACUGAGGAUAGUACUGAUUAUGUGUGUGUGGUGUGUGUGUGUGUGUGUGUGUGUGUACGCAUAUAUGCAGACGUGAGAAAGAAUUUGUUGGCCACUUGGCUGACGCAAGUAAGGAUCUAUUGGUUAGAUUUAUUAUCCCAAAGUUUAUUUUUUCUGUUUUCUCUUGCACGAUGUAAUUUGUUCACAAAAGUAGCAUUGUUUAGGAACUGCUGCAUGUGGUAAUAGACAAAAGGAGAAACUGAGUAGGGCAGCGUUUGUCUUUAUAAUGGGGAGGUUACAAUAGAUACAACUGCGUUAAAACUUUUAUUCCUGUGUUUCUGUAAUGAAUUAAAGACCAAAAAUGAAAGCUUCA